GUCAGGGGAGGCGGAUGCCUCCUGGAGUCCACUGUCAUCUCCACUGUCUUGAGCAUGUUCAGCUCAAGAUUGUUGUGGCUGCACCAGAGGGCCAGCCGUUCAACCUCCCCUCUGUAUGCAGACUCGUCACCAUCUCGUAUGAGACCAAUGACGGUUGUGUUGUCCGCAAACUUCAGGAGUUUAACAGAGGAGUCCCUGGACAAAUGACAUAGGUUACCUCAGGCACCUUUUUUUAGGUAAUGUCAAAACUCAAUAGUAGUCUAGAAUUAUUUUAAUAUCAUUAGAAUAGGCCCAUUGGCUCAAUAAAUGUGGAUAUCGAAAGAACAUGAUUAAAAUAUGAUAAUUGAGACUGCUCAGCUACCAACUGAGUAGGCUAUAUGUGCAGAUUUUGUGUUGGAAGUUUGUAACUGCCCCUCCCUGCAAAAUAACAGUUUCAUUUCGAGUUACAACUUCCAGUUUCGUAACAAUACAUUGCCCUACGUAGGCUAUGAGCACGGGGAGCGAAAAUUGUUUGGUCCAAAUCUGCAUAGACAUUAACAUCUGUUGUUACGUUCGUUUUUCGUGGCGCCUGACUGUAGGCUACCAAAAUGAAGGCUAAUUUCUGUGAGUGUUGUUUUGAGGACGGAAAUUAUUUUGACAACAAUCGUUUGCUCGUGUUUUACAGAAGCUUCUGUUGCGCACACUGUGGUGGCUGUCACGUCACGCGUAAAGUGUUCUAAUUUAGAACAUUCGUGUUUCAACAAACACCUCAUACUGUUAUCAAGAAACAAAACCAAUAUGGAAUAUGUGGCUAAAUCGGGAUCUCUUUAAAUGCAUACCAUUUGAAUUUGUCUAGUAGUUUAGGUCUAAAUUAUUUACACAUACACGGCGAAUGACCAAACCUACAAGCCGAUGAGAACAAGACGGCGCGGUAUAGCGCAUCAAAGAAGGAGAUGGUCGUCAAGUCCAUGAAAGCAGAGGAGGUUCGUGCAGCGAACCAACUAAAUGAGAAGCCACUCGGAACCAGGGACAAUUUGAAGCGCGCCACUACCCCCAACCAAUGGACACUCUCGCGUAAGCCUGGCAGUUCCAGUAAGCAGAACAGCAGAGGUGCGCAGGUGGAGAUGCCAAAGUUACCCGUGGCUCGGGAUAAGAACGUCAGUGAAUACCAGGGGAAUUACAAGGUCUGGCCGGCGUUGUCCAUUCGCAAGCGCCGGCCGAUGGACUGUAUCCGCCUCAAGGGCGAUUUCGACCUGUUGACCAAUUACGCCGCCGUCUACAAGGGUGUGAAGGGUGAGGUGGCGAAGUUAGUUCGGCCCCAAGACAACGUGGGCACCGACCAAUCCCCCUUUAAGACAUUCACGGAAUACCAGGACACCUAUAAGGCCUGGUCAGUCCUACCGGUGCGCUCGAAAAAGCCAGUGGAGUACAGGGCUCGGGGUGAUGUGGACUUUGUGAGUAAUUACGCCCAGGAGUACAAGGCCUGGAAGAUCCAGAGGAGACUCCCGAUCAUCCAUCUCGAACAGACGGCCAUGCCCGUGGGACCCUUCCAGAACAUCACCUCCUAUCGCUACGAUUUCACGCACAGGGUCGCCAAACAGCCACCCGGCUCAAAUAGGCCAAACGGAGGCGAGACUCAGCUCCUCAUCAAGGGACGGCAGCUCCCUCGCUCCAUCUCCACCAAGGAGAGCCGCGAGUCUCGCAGCACUGACGCAAAGACAGCCAGUGGGCGUGGUCAGCCAGCGCAGAGAUACGCAGCCCGGGAAAGUCGGUCGUUCUGAACAAGCUUGAAAGAACGGGGGAAAAAAAUUCUUAUUAAAAUGGCCACGAAGGAUGCCAAUCCAAAUCCAGUUUAAAAACUGUUUAGCUUGUAGCAUCAUUAGCAGACUUUGUUUUACAGGGCUAGUUCGGCCAUUUCUUCCUGAUGACUUGAAAAACACAUGCGCGUGCUAAGGAUUGAUUUGUUACAUUGAACAAAUGCCUACAACAAGUCUGUGCAUGCAGGUACCAUUGAGCCUCUGGCAAAUGUGGUUCACCGUGUACAUCUCAGUCUUGGUUAAAUUAAACAUUCUGAUAAGCUGCAAAUAAACUAUUUCAUAACAAACUUUG